UUUUACCUUCAUUAUUUAAGACCAGCCUUUGACCGAGGAAUAAAUCAUUCCAAAGUGUUAAACCCUACACUACAUCACCAAAAAAAAGAAAAAAAAGAAACCUGCUGUCUCUUAUCCAUGGCAUCAAAGUUUUCACUCAUUCUAUGCAUCAUUUUUGGCAUAUGUGCCCUUGAUUUUACCAAUGGUGCUUCAUCAUCACCCUCCGGUGAGUGUUCAAAACUUGUUCUCGCCAUGACUGAUUGUUUCUCAUUUCUUACAAACGGCAGCACCCUAACCCAACCAGAAGGAUCAUGCUGUAAUGGCCUCAAAACUAUCGUCAACACUGCUCCAUCUUGUCUCUGUGGGGCUUUCAAAGGCAAUGCUCAUUUAGGUGUUGUUUUGAAUGUUUCAAAGGCUUUGACUCUUCCUUUUGCUUGCAAAGUUUCUGCUCCUUCUAUCUCUAACUGUGGAUUGCCUAAUGCCUCUGCUGCUGCUCCUGGUGUAAGCAUCUCCCCAUGGCCAGCAUCUUCUCCUACUACUUCUGCUGAGGCACCGGCAGCCGCACCACCGAGUGGCAAGAGUGCAGCAUCAACAUUGCUCCCUAUUUCAGUUGGAUCCCUUCUUGUGUGCCUUUUAUCUCUAUUCUCAGGCCUUUGAGCCAUCUCUAGUUCCAUUUUGGAAUGUUUGGAAGAUUAUUACAUGAGGAACUAUUUUUGAGUAUUUACCAUUAGAGUUAUAUUCAAUUAGUGUCUGACUUGAAUUUAGAUAAAAUUCAUGGUGCACGCAUAUUUA